AAUGUUUGCUUGGGACAAGUUGCCUCUUAUGGCAGCAGAGUUUCACUGCAAUCCUGUACUGACGUCGGCUACACGUGUCGUUUUGAACGGGAGAAUGAAAACGCGGAAAUAGAUCCUGGGAAAGUCGUAAACCUGACCGAGAAUCUUACUAAUACUAACGUGCUAAAGUCCACGCGGAUUUAUGUGAGUCAAGCAGUGUUGCUGCAAAUCUUGCGUCAUCUUAAGAUAUUGCAAAACUAAUGGUUUGCGUACAACUUGUCUAUCCGGUUGCAAAGCCAAAUGAAACUCCUGAGUGGACUUGGGUCAUUUAAUUCGCUUGCUUGCUUGCUAUAGAUUUGCUUGAAAUAUGAUUGACAAAGAUGAUUUUAGGCCCGUGACGCGGAGUCGCAGACGCGCGACUAUCACAAACGUCAAGACCGAAACAGUGCAGCCCAGAAACGGCGCGACGUCAGGAGUCAAAAGCGCCUCCAAGACGCCCGAGUUUCUCCCUAAAAACUUCCAGCUGAAUGAAGACAGCAAACGAAAAUGCGAUCGAUACGAUCAAAUGAGUUGCCACAAAAUGCAGGAGUCAAUGCUCAGUUCUGCAAGCACGUUCAAAAACUACAGAGGCAUUCUGAAUUGGUGUGUGGUAAUGCUGGUUUUGAGCAAUGCACGACUGUUCUUGGAAAACCUUCUCAGGUAUGGCAUUUUAGUGGACCCCAUUCAAGUGGUAUCAUUGUUCCUCACGGACCCUUAUAGCUGGCCAGCUGCAUGCUUGGCUAUAGUUUCUAAUGUGUUCAUACUUGUGGCAUUGUACACAGAGAGAAGACUAGCUAUGGGGUCGAUCAGUGAGAAAGUUGGCCUGCUGAUUUAUAUCUUCAACUUAACCGUCGUCAUAUGUUUUCCUAUGAUGGUCAUUUUGAAGCUGCCAUCUAUCACACCAGUUGGUGGGGCGUUUGCCUUAGGAAUCUACACCAUCCUGUUCUUAAAAUUGUACUCGUAUAAGGAUGUUAACAGGUGGUGCAGGGAGAGAAUGCAAGUGAAGGCCCGCAGUCUCUCAAGAUCUCUUUCAUGUCCAUCACCUCAGUCUGUGCCCAGCAGUAUGCAGGCUCAGGUGUCUUACCCAGGAAAUCUCUCUCUCAGAGACAUGUAUUAUUUUGUCUUUGCACCAACCCUGUGCUAUGAGCUGAAUUUUCCACGUUCCGAAUCCAUACGGAUGGGAUUUCUGCUAAGGAGGCUCUUUGAGAUGUUGUUUUUCACUCAGUUAUUGGUUGGUUUAACACAGCAGUGGAUGGUGCCAGUCAUUCGAAGUUCAAUGAAGCCAUUGCAGGAAAUGGACUACAAGAGAAUGACUGAACGACUGCUUAGACUGGCUGUCCCCAACCACCUCCUCUGGUUGAUUUUUUUCUACUCCUUUUUCCAUUCUUCAAUGAACUUUGUGGCCGAGCUGUUAAGGUUUGGAGAUCGAGAAUUCUACAGGGACUGGUGGAACUCAGAGACGAUAACAUACUUCUGGCAAAACUGGAAUAUUCCUGUGCACAAAUGGUGUCUCCGGCACUUUUACAAGCCUUUGCUGAGAAGAGGUGCUGGCAAGUUACUGAGCCAAUCGGCCGUGUUUUUCGCCUCUGCUUUCUUUCACGAGUACCUGGUCAGCGUUCCUCUCAGGAUGUUCAGACUAUGGGCAUUUAUGGGUAUGAUGGCACAGCUCCCACUGGCAUGGUUCGUGGCCAGGUUUCUUCGAGGUAACUAUGGAAACGCCGCUGUGUGGCUUUCGCUCAUUAUUGGCCAGCCCAUCGCAGUUUUGAUGUAUGUACACGACUACUAUGUCAUCCACAACCAGGACACCCCAGCAGUCGAUGAAGCGCUGUAGUCACACUGAUCGCUGAAGUUUGUUUGAAUGAUAUGUGGGAAUGAUUGUCUAGACUUGUAUUUUUGCUGUAAGACAUUUCGCAGAGGUAGCAGUGGGAGUACACUGAUACAAUUUAAAAGUACUGGCAGUCAGGGUUUUUUUAAUAUUUAUAUAAACUUUCCGUUUUAAGAUGUCUGUAAACUUAUAGAAAUACUGUAAGUAACAGCCAGUAUAUGCAAAUCUACAGUAAACUUACCUGGAGGGCUAUUAGUUGGGAUAGAAAUGCACAGGAGUCUUAAGCAUUUAAAAUACAAGAUUCAUAAUGUGUGCAAUUGAUGUUAAUGGUUUUAAAUGUGACUAAUUGUAUUGCUGGCCAACACGGUACUAGUCGGGCCAACCGUCCUAAUACCAUUAAGCAUUUUUUGUAGCAUUUGCAUACAGUAGCCUAUACUGUAAAAAUUUUGUGAAUUGUUUUAUAUUGGAAAUAGGUUGAAUGCUGUUAAAUGAACUGUUUUUAAUUAGAUGUCAAUUUAUAUAUCUACAAAACGCUUGUGCAAGCAGAGUUUGUAUGGACAGAAAGGUUUACAUUUUUAAAUGAAUAUAUAUCUUUAAGUAAUAUGUGGGAAACAUUUUACUUACAUUUUUGCAAAGGGAAAUGGGAUAAAAUAUUUAUAUGUUUCUAUAUUGUUUAUAAUUAGAUUUUUAUGUAACUAAACCUGUGUUAUGGUACAAAUGUCGUCUGUCCAUAGCAAACAGCUCCGUUUGCAGUGCGCCACCCUGUGGCGGCUCUUGAGAAUAAAUACCCUGUGAACACUA